AAAUAAAGAAGAGGGGAGGCAAGAAGCCAAGAAGUCAAUUUCAAAGAGAAGAAAUUUUUUAUUUUUUUCCCCUUUUAAUCAACUCUACAAGAAAAGAAAAUACAAAGAAAAAGAUUAAUACCUAGUUUUGGAGUAGUGGGUGCGCGAUCCGGCACCGAUUUGAAAGCAAUAAUGGAAGGAGUCGGGGCGCGGCUGGGGAGAUCUUCGACUCGGUACGGGCCGGCCACGGUGUUCAGCGGGCCGGUUAGGAAGUGGAAGAAGAGAUGGGUCCACGUAACCCCUCCGUCAUCUUCAUCAAACCAUAACAACACUCAUUCUCAUCACCAUAACGCUAUUAGUAAUGGCACUGCCGCUGCUAACAAUUCAAGCUCUUCUAACGGUAAUAACGGCUCCCGUCUCUUGCUUUAUAAGUGGACCCCUUUGUCUCAAUCCAACGGUUCUUCUUCUCCUUCUCCUGCCACUAACAACAACGGUAACAGCAACAAUGAUGAUAAUAAAAACAAUGCUAAUCUCUCCAACGGCGACGCCCCCGAUGAGCCUCCCAGGCGUAAAUUCAAAUACAUUCCGGUUGAUCUGCUAGAGAAACAGAAGAAAGAGGCUGAAGAACAAGAGGCCUUAGAAAAGGUUGAUGAUGAAUCUAAACUGAAUGAUACUGACCCUAAAUCAGAACUAGUUUCCAAGAGUGACAGCGCUGAAGAAAAACCUGACAUAAAUGAUAUACCCAUGGAAGAAAAUGAGGAUGAUAAUCAAGUGGUACGACAAGAUCUGAAUGAAAGCACUUUGGAUUUGAGUUUAGGCUUGGUCUCUUGACGGCAACUCCGAUUCAAAAGCAGGUCCAGAGAUGGGAAGUUGAAAAGGGUUAAAUUUAGUGUUGGUGCAUUGCGGAAUCCUUUCUUCAGAUUAUUUGACAUAUAGGAUCUAUGAAAAGGGUCUAUUUGUUGGAGAGACAAUUUCCCCAAUGAUCUAUUUGCUUACUAGUUACUGAGGGCAAGUGUGUCAGUGGCAAAAAGCUUGUACCUUUGUAGCUCUCUACUGAGCUGAUUGCAACUUGUACCGAUUGCGACAUCUAUUUUUUAAUCAUUGAAUCACUGAAUUUUUCUCCUUC